AUGCAAAUAUCACUUCGGAUGCGAGGAGUGUACCUGCGAGUGCAGGGCAUCGCGCUGUUCCGCUCUUCGGCUGCUGCAAACGUAGACCUGGAUGCGCGACGUCCAGAAGGCACGGAACGUGUAAAAUUUGUCAGGAGCAAGCCAUCAGACACGUUCGGAACUUUGCGCACCUUCGAGGAAAAGCUCUUGCCACUGAAAAUUUCUGAACGGCCGAAGAACAGGUCGACUGUUUGCGAAAUUGCUGACGAGAAUUGGGAGGGAAGUUACGAGGAGGAAGAAAUCGGCUGGACCCCCAACUAUCUGCGAGCGCUGCGCAAGGAGGACACUCGAUUUACAGAAUGCGCCCGGAAGGAGUAUAACCAUUAUGAAGGGAUGCGAUAUCCGGCGGGCGAUAUCCAGCUGGCAAGUCAGUACUGGAUAAAAAGCAAAUACAAAAAUGACUGGUUCACGAUCAAUCCGAUCACUAAGAAGGUGCAGUUUUUCAUCACAUACUCUUUUUUUUUCACUUAA